GUAGUGGGGAUUUCGGACCAGAGAUGGCGCUAUUGAGAAUAUAUUUUGUUUCAGUCCCGUUUCCCUCCAUGGUUUCUCUCUCCGAGUAACUUGGCGUUUGGCUCAGUUCAUUAUACAGUCCCAUAUUCUCCCUCCAUUAGGGCAUCUCUCUGCCUUUGGACUGAAUAGAAAUUCCACCGACACCCAAGAGAGAAAAGUUGAACUUUCGUAGGGCGAGAUGGAUAUGAAAAAGAGGAUCCACUUGGAGCUAAGAAACAGGACACCAUCUGAUGUAAGAGAACUUGUCCUGGACAACUGCAGAUCAAAUGAAGGAAAAAUAGAAGGUCUCACAGCAGAAUUCAUCAAUCUGGAAUUUCUCAGUUUGAUUAAUGUUUGCUUAAUCUCAGUCUCGAACCUUCCCAAACUUGGGAAACUCAAAAAGUUGGAACUCAGUGACAACAGAAUCUCUGGUGGCCUUGACGUGCUAGCUGAGAAACUCCCCAACCUCACACAUCUAAAUCUAAGUGGCAACAAACUGAAAGACAUCAGCACGUUGGAACCUUUGAAAAAGCUGGAAAACCUUAAGUCCCUGGACUUGUUCAACUGCGAGGUGACCAACCUGAACGACUACAGGGAGAGUGUGUUCAAGCUGCUCCCUCAGCUCACCUACCUGGACGGCUAUGACCUGGAGGACCGGGAGGCGUCCGACUCGGACGGAGAGGUGGAUGGAGUGGACGAUGACGACGAUGAGGAAGGAGAGGAGGAAGAGGACGAGGACGGAGAGGAGGAAGACUUUGACGAGGAGGAUGACGACGAUGAGGAAGAGGAGGGAGUUGAAGGGGAGGAGGAAGACGAGGUCAGCGGAGACGAAGAGGAGGAAGACCUGGGUAUCGAUGGCGAAGUUGACGAUGAGGACGAUGACGAGGACGACGAUGAAGAUGAAGUCGAGGCUGUCAAAGGUGAGAAGAGAAAGCGAGAGCCGGACGACGAAGACGACGAGGAGGACGACGACGAGGACGACGAUUAAGAGCGACGUUACGAGAGCCUUUCGAGUUACCAAGCCCUUCCCUCUCAGCCUCCAGCCUGACACCCACCCACACCCCGCCUACUCCAUGUCUCUCCCCCAGCUCUGAGUCCCAUGUGGGGCAAGACUGUACCGGGUGGGUGGUGCGAGUAGAGCUGCCUGCGCUCCAUGGAGCAACUUCCAAGGUUCUCAAGCAGCGCGACACUCGGCAUUCCACGAUUUCACCGUCAACUCCCCCCUUUAUGUAUACCCGCGUGAGGACUUUGGGACUGGUAUCUAGUUUUGGGUCUGUGCUUUUAAUAUUUUGUUGGAUGAAUUUAUAAUUUUUUGUUGUUGGGUAUAUUAUUUCUUUCCCCCUCUUUUUAUCGUUGUUUUAUUUUUUAUUUUCCGUUCCUUGUUUCCCUCCCAAUAAAAUUAUUGCUAUAGCAACUGUGCGACAAGCGAGCUAUGAUUUUCAGUGUGGCCGCCUGCUGCACAAAUCAAGGUUGUAGCUACAUUUUUACUUUCUGUAUGAAGAUGAAAAAAAACAACUUUGUAAAUAAAAUGUUAACAUUUUGCGCUUC